GUGUAGCAGAGUUCGACUGGGUUACCGUUUCUCUUUCUAGUUUUUACUUCCAACAACAGGUCGGAGCGGGGGAGAAAAACCAGAGACGAGGGGGAAUACAGAGAGCUCCGAGUCGUGGGAGCGACAUGGAAGAAGAUCACAAUUACAGUGGCAGUGGCGGCAAUCACUUGGAGACUUCCAAGGCUGAGAGAUCCGUUUGGCUGAUGAAGUGUCCUCUCGUUGUCGCCAAGUCAUGGCAGAAUCAUCCUCCCUCUCAUGCUCAACCUCUCGCCAAGGUCGUCCUCUCCCUUGAUCCUCUUCAUGCCGACGAUCCCUCCGCUCUCCAGUUCACAAUGGAGAUGGCUGGCACCGAUGCAGUGAAUAUGCCAAAAACUUAUUCUUUAAAUAUGUUUAAGGAUUUUGUUCCCAUGUGUGUAUUCUCUGAGUCAAACCAAGGCAAGGUUGCGAUGGAAGGGAAAGUGGAGCAUAAAUUUGACAUGAAGCCCCAUGGUGAAAAUAUUGAAGAGUAUGGCAAAUUGUGUCGUGAGAGGACAAACAAAUCUAUGAUUAAAAAUCGACAAAUACAGGUUAUUGAUAAUGAUCGUGGAGUUCUAAUGAGGCCCAUGCCUGGAAUGGUUGGUCUAGUUUCUUCUAAUUCAAAGGAUAAGAAGAAGACCCAACCAGUGAAACAGUCAGAUACAAAGAGAACAAGAAGAGAUCGUGGAGAGUUGGAGGACAUAAUGUUCAAGCUAUUUGAAAGACAGCCCAAUUGGGCCUUGAAGCAGCUUGUCCAAGAGACUGACCAACCAGCUCAAUUCUUGAAGGAGAUCCUGAACGAAUUGUGCAUUUACAAUAAAAGGGGUGCCAAUCAAGGAACUUAUGAGCUGAAGCCCGAAUACAAGAAAUCUGUUGUUGAAGAAGAUACAGGUGCUGAAUAAGUAUACUUCGCUCCCAAGUGCCCCAACUACCCCUCCAUCCAAAAAUAAAAUAUAAAGUCAAGAGUAAGCACAUUUAUGUUUAGUAUAUUUGGGAAUGGGGUCAUCGGGUCAUCCGAGUAACUGGUAAAUUAUGUAUCUUUAGUAUACUCAGCUUACGAUGUAUUUUUUUCCCCCUAAACUUCUUUCGAACUUGAAGAAGGUGCGCAACAGCGCAAGUGAGUUGUAUACGUUCUAAAAAGGAUUUUAAGGUAGCGAAAUUUUUUUA